CCACCCCAACUUUCUCCAGCUGUCCCCUCAGUGGCUUCAUCUCUCCUUCUCCGGGUCUCGCCUUUCUGUCCCUCUUUUCACCCCACCCCCACCCGCCUCUAGGGGGCUCCCUUUCCCCAAUUCCAUUAGUGUGCCCACUAGAGCGAUGCUGGGAGGCCUGGGCUCAGCUUGGGGACAGGGGCCCAUUCCGGAAAGCAGAAGUUCCGGCCAGACCGCCCCCCCACCCCCACCAAGUGUUCGUGGGAAAGGGGCAUCUCUGAACUCUGGGGAUGCUGGGGCCUCUGCUUCCCACGCCCCCCUCUAGGGACCGGGGGGCCCCCGGCGCCCGGCAGUCGAGCUGCGUCAGGGGCGGGGUCCGGCCUUGACCCUGCUCCACCCCUAAUUGGCGCCAGGUCGGCACCGACUCCGACUCCUCCUCCAGGAAGCCCGGGCGGCGGCUGCCCGAUAAAAUGCGCCCCCGACCCCCCCCCACCCCCCCGCAGCCACUUCCUCAAGGCCCGAGGCUGUUUAUGCGAGGAUCCGAGAGAUUUGCAUUGGGGCCCCGAGGGGAGCCGCUUCCUGGGAGGGUGACCUGCAUGCCAAGCGCCGCCCCUGCGCCAUGGACCGCGGCCAGCCCAGCCCGGAGCCCGCGGCAGCGGACCCCGUCGCCCCCCGCCCGAGCGUGAUCGCGCCCGCGCGCGCCGUGGUCUGCCUGCGCCGCCGCGUGCGCCUCCUGCGCAAGCGGUGCCUCCCGCCUCCGGCCGUGAGGGUGGACUCCGAGCCCCAGGCGCCGCGAGCGGACCCAGACCAGCCGCAGUUUUUCACCUUCGACGGCCCGGCGGAGCUGCCCUCGAGGCCGCCGCGAAAGAAGCGCCGGCGCAGCCGCAUGGUGCUCUACCCCGAGACGUCGCGCAAGUACCGGCCGCGCGCGGAGCGCCGGAGCCGCGUGCAGCGUUGCCUGUUGCUGCUUGUGGCCAUCGUGGGCUUCCAGGUGCUCAACGCCAUCGAGAACCUGGACGACAACGCGCAGCGCUAUGACCUUGACGGGCUGGAGAAGGCGCUGCAGCGGGCCGUGUUCGGCCAGCCGGCGGCCGUGCGGCGCGUCGUGGCGCUGCUGCGGGACUACCUGGCCACGCACGUGCACAGCCGCCCGCUGCUCCUGGCGCUGCAUGGGCCCAGCGGCGUGGGCAAGAGCCAUGUGGGCCGCCUGCUGGCGCGCCACUUCCGCGCGGUGCUCGAGGACGGCGCGCUCGUGCUGCAGUACCACGCGCGGCACCACUGCCCCGAGCCGCGCGCCGCGGAGGACUGUCGCCAGGAGCUGGCGCGGCGUGUGGCCGACGUGGUGGCGCGGGCCGAGGCGGAGGAGAAGACCCCGCUCCUGGUGCUGGACGACGUGGAGCUCCUGCCGCCGGCGCUGCUGGACGAGCUGCACGGCUUCCUGCAGCCGCAGCGCUCGCACCACUUCCACAACGCCAUUUACGUGCUUCUCAGCGGCAACGGCGGCGCGGAGGUCACGCGCUUCGUGCUGCAGAACGCGUCCCGCACGCUGGCCCUGUGCCCAGACGGCGCCCACGGGGCCGGGGCCGCGGCGGUGGCGGCACAGGCCGAGGAGGAGCUGCGCGCCAGCCUGAGGGCGCUCCUGGUGCGCGACCACCCGCUGUGGCAGGCCGCGGCCAUCGUGCCCUUUCUGCUGCUGGACAAGGGGGAUGUGGUCAACUGCUUCCGGGACGAGAUGGCCGGGGAGGGCUUCUUCCCGGAGCAGGCCCGCGCCGAGCUCCUGGCCGCGCAGCUCAGCUACUACCGCGUGGCUGGCCGCGAGUUCGCCGUCACUGGCUGCAAGCAAGUGGUGGCCACGGUGAACCUCUUGUAGCGCAGGCGCCGCCGGACGCAGUGGACGCCCACGGGCACGACGGGACGUUGGUUUGAUAGUGGCAGUUGGAGGGAGGGGACCCUGUGGAUUUGCCCCAGGCCUCUAAGCCCCGAAUAAAUCUGUCCAUGGCCCUC